GUUCAUGGACAGCGGCUGAGCCUGCGGCGGCGCGGCGCCCGGCUUUCCCUCGGACUCCGCUGCCCGGGCAAAUGCAGACAAAUGCAUUUGGGAGCCGAGAGGACAAGGCGAGGACGCAUCUCUGCCGCGGCACAAACGAAAGUUCUCCUUUUUAUUGCAACAUGUAUAGCUGUGGGUGUUGCACAAGUACCCAAACAAGCAAUAGAUGUUCUUCAUCAACUAGGCCUUGUGAAAGAUGUCCAAGAGCCAUCAGAGACAGCAGUGCCCUCAACAUCCUCUCUGUUACCUCGGGGUGUUCGUCUCACUGCAUCAGGAGUGGUGCUAAGUAAUGAUGCACACAUUGAGUCCCCCCUCACUCAAGUCAUACCAUCAAAUCUAGGGCAUCCCUUCACCUUGUUGGUUGGGCUGUACUCCUACAGAGCCAGCAAUGCUUUUCUUUUCAGUGUUAGGGACAAAGGCAGACUGCAGUUUGGUGUCCAGCUGCUCCCCAGAAAGGUAGCAGUGUACACUGGAGGGAAGCAGCCUGUGCACUUUGAUUUUUGUGUUCAUAAUGAACAAUGGCAUUCAUUUGCCAUUGGCAUUGGGGACAAGACUGUCUCAAUGUUUGCUGAGUGUGGAAACAAGCACUACAGCACUGAAGUGCUUUCUGGAGUGGAGACACUUGGUUCAGAGGGUGUAUUUACCCUGGGAAGGAUGAACUCUCACUCUGCCAGCUUUGAAGGAGUUAUCUGUCAGCUGGAUGUCGUUCCCUCUGCAGAAGCCUCUGCCAACUACUGUAGACAUGUGAGGCAGCAGUGUCGCCAGGCUGAGACCGACCGAUCUCUGCCACGCGGGCUGGGUGCUUCUCCAGAGGUGGACACUGAGGAGCAAAACCAGGAAGAUAUAUCAGCUUAUAGAUGGAAAGAAGUAUCCAACAUGCCUGUUACCAACGUUGCUCAGAUUCACUUUCUACCAGACCACUUUGAGCUGAGAAACGCCUCUGCAUGGGAGUUUGCAGAGACCAAACCUCUGUUGCUGGAAGCUUGGCCUCAAACAGAACUCAAGGAGAAUAUGGAUCUGGCUAUUCAGCAGCAGGAGACGAGCAGAAAAAGAAACAUCACUAAAGCCCCUGCAGGAUCAUAUCCAAAUAGUUCAGCUAAUGCCACAGAAGAUGCAGGCAGACAUAGUGAGCCUUCUCUGAUCUCUCCUGUAAAACAGAGUAAAACUAAAAGCAAGGGAAUGGAAAAAGCAAAACAGCAUUUAGAUGAACCAAACAAAAAGCAGCAAAUCUUCAACACAACCCUGUACAGUUUGCCUGCUGAGCUCCCUCUGGAUAAUGAACUCCAUCCGGGGCAGGAAGGUGCAUUUGAUGCUGCUGAGACUUAUCAUACAGAAAACAGUUAUGAAAAUGGUAUUGAUAAUUAUGCUUAUGACUAUGAAGAUCUUGGCAAAAUGUUUGAAAGGGGAAGUGUCAGAGGUCCAAAGGGGGAAACUGGACCUCCUGGUCCUCCAGGUCCUCCAGGUUUACCUGGUCCUUCAGGGAAGAGAGGUCCUCGGGGUGUUCCAGGACCCCAUGGUAACCCAGGUUUGCCAGGAUUGCCAGGUCCCAAGGGCCCUAAAGGAGACCCAGGAUUCUCUCCAGGACGGGCACAACAUGGAGAAAAGGGUGAUCCAGGCCCCAUGGGCUUCCCAGGCCCCCCUGGCAUCAAAGGCCAGAAGGGUCUUAAAGGUUACCCAGGACUGCAAGGGCCACGGGGUGAGCAGGGAAUUCCAGGAAUGGCUGGCAGUAUUGGGGCAGUUGGUUACCCUGGCAGGCAGGGCCUAGCUGGACCAGAAGGGAACCCAGGUCCUAAAGGAGUAAGAGGUUUCAUUGGACCUCCAGGUGUGGCAGGACAACCAGGACCUGAAGGAGAAAGGGGUGUCCCAGGCCUCCGUGGAAAAAGAGGUCCUAAAGGGAGACAGGGUUUUCCAGGUGAUUUUGGAAAUAGAGGCCCCCCUGGUCCAGAUGGAAGUCCUGGAAUUGUUGGUGGUGUUGGUCCUCCUGGAUUUCCAGGACUAAGAGGAGACAUGGGGCCAGCAGGACCAAGUGGACCAUCAGGAAUUCCAGGGCCCAUGGGUUUCCCAGGGAGUAUGGGACAGCCUGGAAUGAAAGGUGAUAAGGGUGAAAAUGGCCUUGCAGGAGAGCCAGGAGAUCAAGGGUACCCAGGAGACAAGGGUGCUCUUGGUUUACCAGGACCCCCAGGGACCAGAGGAAAACCAGGACCCCCAGGGAAAAUUGGAGAACCUGGACCCCAUGGACCAUUAGGUCCUCAGGGACCUGAGGGUUUUCCAGGAGACAUUGGUGUACCUGGGUUAAAUGGCCCUGAAGGUCCUAAGGGAGCUCUGGGUGACCGAGGACUUCCAGGGCCACAAGGUCCCAAAGGAGUUGAGGGAGAAGUAGGACCAGCUGGACCAAUUGGAGGAGUUGGCCCAAGAGGAAAGCCAGGACAGAAAGGUUAUGUAGGUGAUCCUGGACCAGAAGGUUUAAAGGGAGAACAAGGAGACCAAGGAAACCUUGGAAAAACUGGUGAAGCAGGAUCAGCUGGCUUACCUGGAGAAGCUGGGCCAUCUGGAAGCCUUGGUGAAAAGGGAGAGCGAGGCAGUCCAGGACCUGUAGGUCCUCCUGGAGAAAAAGGUGUCAUGGGCUAUCCAGGACCUCCAGGAGGCCCUGGACCUGUGGGGCCACAAGGAUUACCUGGACCUUCAGGGGCACGAGGACCAUCAGGGCCACAGGGACCUAAGGGAAGAAGAGGGCCAAGAGGUCUGGAUGGUCCUCCAGGAGAACUGGGAACAGAAGGUAUUAAGGGAGAAAGAGGUGAUCCAGGAAAGAAAGGAGUUCCUGGGCUCAUUGGUAAAGCUGGAAACCCAGGAGAAAGAGGAGAUCAGGGUGUACUUGGUUUGCUUGGGCCUCCAGGAACCACAGGAGACAGGGGGCCAAUGGGAGAGCCAGGUCCAAGAGGACAACCAGGGGAUGCUGGCCCUAUUGGAGAAACAGGUUUUGAGGGACCUCCUGGCCCUGAAGGAGAACCUGGUCUGCAGGGGGAACCAGGCACAAAGGGAGACAUUGGACCUGCUGGGAAGGCUGGAGAACCAGGUGACCAAGGUUUAAGGGGUGAACCAGGGCCUCCAGGAGAAGAUGGUGUUCAAGGAAAAGAUGGCCCAAAGGGAGAUCCUGGAGACCAGGGACUUGUUGGAGAAGGUGGUGAAAAAGGAGAGAUGGGAUUACCAGGAAUUGCUGGGCCCCCUGGUGAACCUGGCAUAAUGGGAAUUCCUGGCCCUGAAGGAGCACCAGGAAAUCCAGGUCAGAGGGGCCGUUUAGGAAAGAAGGGGGAAAAGGGACAGCUUGGCCCUCCAGGAGAAAGUGGACCUGCUGGUGAUUCUGGCCAGCCUGGAAAAACUGGUCCCAAAGGUGCAAGAGGAACUCGAGGUGCCAUGGGGCACCUAGGAGGAAUGGGACCCGAAGGAGAGCCAGGAAUUCCAGGCUAUGGGGGUCACCAGGGUUCUCCAGGGCCUUCAGGGCCCCCAGGCCCCAAAGGAGAAAAGGGUUACCCAGGUGAAGACAAUACAGUCCCUGGACUACCUGGGCCCAUAGGUGAACCAGGUCGAAGUGGUGAACGUGGAGACAGAGGAGAACCUGGUGAUGAGGGCUACAAGGGUCAUGUAGGUCUUCCAGGGCUUAGAGGACCUAUUGGACAGCAAGGGCCUCCAGGAGAGCCAGGUGAAUUGGGAGAGCAAGGACCAAAAGGAGAAAGAGGUUCAGAAGGGCCCACAGGGAAGAAAGGAGCUACAGGUCAAGCAGGAAAAGCUGGAAUUCCUGGAAAACCAGGACCACCAGGGCAGAAAGGAGCAGUUGGGUACCUUGGACCAGAAGGCAUUCCUGGGAACCCUGGCAAGACUGGGCUGUCAGGGGAGCCUGGCCCCAAGGGCAAUAGAGGAAACUCAGGCUUACCAGGUCUAGCAGGUUAUCCUGGAGCUCGAGGUCCCAAGGGAUUGCCAGGCAUGCCAGGGCCCAUGGGAGCACCUGGACUAAAGGGUGAGAAAGGGCUUCUAGGUCAUCCAGGAAAACGAGGCAAAAGAGGCCUUCCAGGAUCACAAGGUGACCAAGGAGCAGCAGGAGACACUGGACUGAAAGGACAGAUUGGAGAAGAUGGAGAUCAAGGUUUAAUGGGGUUUCAAGGAUUCCCAGGUCCAAAAGGUCCUGCAGGGGACAUUGGCUUAGUUGGGAUUCUGGGCCCCAAAGGUCCAACAGGCCAAGCUGGAUAUAUUGGCCCUGUUGGUCAAGAAGGCAUUGCAGGCCCAACUGGCAGGCCUGGACCAAGAGGUGAAAAGGGCACGAGGGGUGAGAUGGGGCCUCAGGGAAGGCAGGGCCAGCCUGGGCCACCUGGACCACCUGGACCACCUGGACCAAGGAAACAAGUGGAUCUCAAUGCUGCUGUUCAAGCUUUGUUUGAGUCAAAUGCUGCCUUGCAGAUGGAGAAAUACCAGAAUACUGAAGUCACUUUACUCGAUCACAGUACAGAGAUAUUCAAAACACUCCACUACCUUAGCAAUUUACUGCACAGCAUCAAGAACCCUCUUGGCACUCGGGAUAACCCAGCACGCAUCUGCAGGGAUUUGCUUAAUUGUGAACGUAAAGUGUCAGAUGGAAAAUACUGGAUUGACCCAAAUAUUGGAUGUCCUUCUGAUGCCAUUGAAGUUUUCUGCAAUUUCACUGCAGGUGGUCAGACAUGUUUAACACCACUGUCUGUGACAAAGCUGGAGUUCGGUGUUGGAAAAGUGCAGAUGAACUUCCUUCACUUGCUGAGCUCAGAAGCAACCCACAGCAUCACAAUCCAUUGUCUAAACACCCCGAUGUGGGGAUUAAGUAAAGCAGGUGGCCGGAAGACAUCAGUUACCUUCAAAGGAUGGAACGGUCAAAUAUUUAAAGCAAAUACGCUACGUGAACCUAAAGUGCUUCUGGAUGAAUGCAUGAUUGAAGAUGGCAGCUGGCGUAAGACACAGUUCUUUUUUCACACUCAGGACACGAAUCAGCUUCCAGUUGUUCAAGUUAAUGCACUUCCUCACCUCAAACCAGGACAGCAGCACUUCAUAGAAAGUGGCUCUGUAUGCUUCCUUUAAGACUUCUGUCCUAGGUUUCUUGUUUCAUCAACAUAGAGCUGCUGCAUAGAUUGAAUACAAAAAUAAUGAUCCACUGCAGGCAAAAUUACUAGGAAACUGAAGAUUCAUUUCAAGUGGUGUUGGUUAAAGAACCUCAGGAAGAAAAAGACUUCCUCCUAAGGAGAAAUGGCAUUGAAAAAUAAAAGAAAGAAAAGACUAAAGCAAUUUUCAUAAAGUAUUUAAAAAUAAAUUUCUUGGUGCUUUCUUGCAUAAUUUUCUGGAAUGGAAUAUCUGAACAUGGAGUUUUUCAGGACGUCAAAUGUUUGUAGCAAUCUUUUUAACAGCACUGCACAAAAGCCAUCCUGAGGAAAGCUGGAGACAUAUGAUACUAAGGAGCAACACCUGCUAAUGCUCCUAAAUGUGCAAUAGCUUUUAUAUGAAAAGUGAAUCAUGUCACAGUACAGUGCAACAAGUCUUCUUUUCUUAACGUUUUAUUCCAGUCCUUCGUGGACACACAUCUGAACAGAUGGCACACUACCUCUUUUGUGUUUCCUGUCCAUGUUGCCUUGGUGCUCUUCACAACACAGGGUGCUUGUGGCCUUAGCAGAGAUUAUUUGAGUCCCUUUUUAUCUUUCAGACUGUAUGUGCUGGUUACAUCAGGAUAUGUUUCUGUUGUAAAGGUACUUAUUUUAGACCAUUGGUCACAUACUUCACAUAAUGAAAACAUUAUUUAUGUGGAUUUCUUGUUUAAAAUAUUUUUGUGUACUAUUUUGGAAAUGGUGUAUAAGACAGCAUAUUGUACAUGGUGCAUAUAGUCAGAACAGUCUGCGUUGCAGCCAUUGUAAAAAUCAUUGUAAGAAGAGCUACCUAAAGUAGUUUUGACAUUUAAAUUCUGUAUUUCAGUUAACAUUGCUAAUGCCAAAGCCAUCUUAAGAUGAUAUAUUCUGUAUAUAUUUUGUAACUUCUGAAAAAAAUCUACUACAGUGUGUCUUCUGAAUGGCUACUCUUAAAUUAUAAUCAGCAUUUCAUCCUCUUAGAAAUUCCUUUUUUUUACAAAAUUUAUUAGAUAAUUUUGGGAUUUUAAAAUUAAGCCUAAAACGUUCAUUGAAGGUUUGUUUUGUUUUUUUUAGUAAAAACAACAGUUUUACCAUUAGGUAAAGCACUCUUUAUAUUGAUAUGCCUCUAUCUAUCAUCAAUUCAAAGUGUGCUCAGGAGUACACGGCAAGGUGAUACUGGACUGUAUUUGGGGAAGCCCGGGAGUGUUCAAACAACAUGUCUGUCUUCAUCUGCAGGAAAACACACCACCAAAAUAUAAUAAAAUAAGCUUCCAAGCUAUCUCUUUGUCUUUUACUAUUCUGUUUCAUAUUGUAUAGGUGAUUUUUAGAAAUUGGAAAAAUCCUCUAGAAGGGUACUUUUCUUAGGUGGCAGUGCUUCUCUU